UCGUACACAUGUACUAGCGUUAGCUCCACAAGUGACCAUGUCGAUGAACAGGAAACAUUUGGUCGCUGGCUUCUUCUUCAUCAACUUGACCUUGCUCAUGGCAUCAUAUUGCUCAGCAGCACUCUGCGGAACGAGGACCAAGUAUACUUGCACGGUCGACAAGAUGUGUGAGAUGAUCUGCCAGCAAGUGAACUGCGACCAACAGAACUGCGGCUACACCGGUGGCCACUGCUCCGACGACUCAUUAUGUGUAUGCACCAAACCCUGCAGUGCGCAAUCAACCAUGGCUCCACCGGGGGAGAAGCCGGCAGUGGAAGAGGCAUACGGUAGGAUGGCGCUGGAUGAGAAUAGAAUGCUCAAUUCAUAAAGUAGGAGGCAUCGAGCAGUGUAUAGUAGAACAUUGCGAUGCUUGGGUCGAUAUUCUCUUGUUCUGAUAAUUGCAUGCAAAAAUUUGAAGUGAAUAAAGGUCCGUUUGGCAGGGAUC